GGCCAGGACGUAAGGAAGAGCUCGACACACGCUGUAGCCAAUAAAGAGUGAGGAGGCGUGGCCGGACCCUGGAACGUAGUUGCAGAAAUGGGGGUCAAGCUGGAGGUUUUUAGGAUGAUGCUCUAUCUCUCAUUCCCAGUGACAAUGUUUUGGAUCUCAAAUCAACCGGAAUAUUUUGAAGAAUACAUUGUGAAGCGGAAGAGGGAGAUUUAUCCCCCAGAAAAGGAUGACGUGAAACGGCAGUUACAGGAGGCAAAAGAGGCCGCAAGACAGCGAAGAGAGAACUUGUACUCGCAGGAAUAGAAGGCGUCCAGCAGAAGGCGCUGCUCCUUCACACCUGUCCUUGUAUUGCAUUCUUCCCCCGUGUGUUUUCUACACUAUGUAAGAUUGAAUGUGGCUUCAUGUAUAGUACCAAAGUGAUCUCUUCAGUAAAGAUGUUUUUUUGUAAAUAUG